AGAGCAGAGAAGAGCACUUUUGGAUUGCAUAAAUGGGAAUGGCAUCGGGAAACAAAGGUCAGCGGUGAUAAGGAUGCACAUCGAGGGUCACCCCAGCAAUCCGCUUGCGAAGUCAGCCUGCAGCUAGCCCUCGGUACAGAGUGACAUUGGAGCAGUCCAAACACCGUCAAUACUGAUAAGAAGUACGAAUUCGGAGAACGGAGAACAAGUUAAAUAGGCGCCGUGGAGAGACGCACGCUCAGUUGGCAAGCGACCGCGGAUCAAAACAGACGUACGAAUAAACAGAUGAAUGAGGAAGAGUGCAAGAAACGGGUUAGGAAACGUUAACACUCAACGGUCAGCGAUCUUUGGCAUCAUCAUCAUCUGCAAUCUCAUCGGAGAUCGGAGGCGUCUUUAGGCAUCGGAAUCCAAAUCUGAGCAGUUUCAAGGGCACGUCGGUUGCGUCUAGCCAAUCUGAAUCACUAAUCGGGGCAUCUCUACGAUAAUCACCUGUAAAACAGGAUGGCCCCACCCACAGUUUUGGUCACCGGAGGAGCCGGCUACAUUGGUUCCCACACGGUUCUGGAGAUGCUCAAUGCGGGCUACAACGUCAUCUGCGUGGAUAACCUUUGCAACGCCUACAGCAGCGGAGCCAAACUACCCGAGGCCUUGAGCCGGGUACAGGAAAUCACCGGAAAGAAGGUCCACUUCUACAGAGUGGACAUCACGGACAGGGAGCAAGUGCGCUCAGUUUUCCAGGAGCAUAAAAUCGACAUGGUGGCCCACUUCGCCGCGCUGAAGGCCGUUGGUGAGUCCUGCCGCAUUCCUCUGCAGUACUACCACAACAACAUGACCGGCACCAACGUCCUGCUUGAGGCGAUGGCCGACAACAAUGUGUUUAAGUUCGUGUACAGCUCCAGCGCCACUGUCUACGGAGAACCCAAGUUCUUGCCCGUGACUGAGGAGCAUCCCACUGGCAACUGCACAUCGCCUUACGGCAAGACCAAGUACUUCACCGAGGAAAUUCUCAAGGAUCUGUGCAAGUCAGAUAAGCGUUGGGCCGUGGUUUCCCUGCGCUACUUCAACCCGGUGGGAGCUCAUAUCAGCGGACGGAUUGGCGAGGAUCCUAAUGGCGAGCCCAACAACCUGAUGCCCUAUAUCGCCCAGGUGGCCGUGGGCCGACGUCCCAGUCUAAGUGUGUACGGCAGCGACUUUCCCACGCACGAUGGCACUGGAGUGCGUGACUAUAUCCAUAUCGUCGACCUGGCCGAGGGACAUGUGAAGGCACUUGACAAGCUGCGCAACAUUGCGGAGACGGGCUUCUUUGCCUAUAACUUGGGCACUGGCGUAGGAUACUCUGUGCUGGAUAUGGUGAAAGCCUUUGAGAAGGCAUCUGGCAAGAAAGUUAACUACACGCUGGUGGAUCGGCGCUCUGGAGAUGUGGCCACUUGCUAUGCGGACGCCACGUUAGCGGAUAAAAAACUGGGCUGGAAGGCCGUGCGAGGUAUCGAUAAGAUGUGCGAGGACACGUGGCGCUGGCAGAGCCAAAACCCCAAUGGAUAUGCCAACAAGUAGUUUUGCCUCGUUUCUGCCUAUCCGAAAGUUCCUGAGUUACUACACCUGAAGGCUCAGGGAGCAAUUUUAAUUUGCCUGUAGUUGUGUAUAUUUCUUUCAAAAAUCUGUGUAGUACCCCCUCUUUUCGAUGUGUGCAAGUGUGUGAAUGUAAAUCCAAAGUACUUUGUAAUUAAAAAGGCUUUUAGCUGUUGUCAUGUAA